AUGAAACUGAAGCGUUUUUUACUUCGUUAUUACCCACCUGGAAUCAUAUUGGAGUAUGAACAAGGAGGAAAUAUGAAAACAAAAUCGAUAGACCUGCUUGAUCUACGACCAGAGACUGAUGUAGAUGCUGUUGUGGAUGAGAUUGCAAGGAAAGAGCCGCUUAUUACAGCCUCCAAAACAGACCAAGUCAGGAAACUUGUUAUUCGUUUGCAGGAAAAGUUGAGUCAACGAGAUGAUCAUCACUUUUAUUUAUUCAAGGUGCUAAGAGCUCACAUAUUGCCAUUAACAAAUGUAGCAUUCAACAAGUCUGGAUCAAGUUUCAUCACAGGUAGUUAUGACCGUACAUGUAAAGUCUGGGACACAGCCUCUGGGGAGGAGCUCCAUACCUUAGAGGGACAUAGGAAUGUUGUUUAUGCAAUUGCCUUCAAUAACCCUUAUGGGGACAAGAUUGCUACCGGUUCUUUUGAUAAAACGUGCAAGCUUUGGAGUUCAGAGACUGGCAAGUGCUUUCAUACGUUCCGGGGUCAUACUGCUGAAAUUGUGUGUCUAAGCUUUAAUCCCCAGAGUUCUGUGAUAGCAACUGGCAGUAUGGAUACCACUGCCAAACUGUGGGAUGUAGAAACAGGACAAGAGAAGGCAACGCUAACAGGUCAUUCAGCUGAAAUCAUCUCCUUAUCUUUCAACUCAUCAGGUCGUCAACUUAUUACAGGAUCAUUUGACCACACAGUUUCUGUUUGGGAUGUAAACUCAGGAAGUCGUGUCCACACAUUGAUCGGUCACAAGGCAGAAAUCAGCAGUGCCCAGUUCAACUAUGACUGUUCUCUUAUUGCCACUGGCUCCAUGGACAAAACAUGUCGCAUCUGGGACAUGCCAUCAGGGCGUUGCAUUGGUACAUUACGUGGCCACGAGGACGAAGUGUUGGAUGUUGGGUUUGAUUACACUGGUCAGCACUUACUAACUGCCUCAGCUGACUCAACCGCCCGUGUCUACAAUGCAACAACUCACAGUCUCAUCUGCAAAUUGGAAGGUCACGAGGGAGAAAUAUCCAAGAUUUGUUUUAACCCACAAGGGACCUCUGUGCUAACAGCAAGUUCAGACAAAACGGCACGACUCUGGGAUCCUGAAAUGGGGUCAUGUAAACAAAUACUUGAAGGACAUUCUGAUGAGAUAUUUAGCUGUGCUUUCAAUUAUGAAGGGAACACCAUUAUCACAGGGAGUAAAGACAACACUUGUCGAAUAUGGAGGUGAUGUUAGUGGAUAAAGAAAACUAAGUCAGUAUUAAACACUUUUGCCAGUCAGUGUGGAAGAUCGGUCCAUAUGUCACUGCAACAUCUCACCCACCACAAGCUGUAGGACGGAUCACCGGGGUCAUCAGGGUCAUUGAAAUCGACUGACAGCCAUGGGAACUCCUAUUACAGACUCAAAGGACCGUCAAACUACUAAGAAUCCAUGUCAUAAAGUUUAGGAUAAUAUUGAUGGGCCCAAAUUGAGCCACAAAAUUAACAUUUUCUGAAAUUCAAGAAAGAAAUAUCAGUAUAUGAGUUGUGAUUAUUUUUUUAUUUUUUUUUUCAUUGGACUUCUCUUCCAAGAAAAGAUGGCUCAGUUUGGUUGCAUUACUAGUAAACUUGCCAUGCAUGGAUUAUAUUGGUUGUGAUAAUUCCAAAUCAGAAAAUCUAUGAAAAUCAUAAUCAUAAUAGUUUUAAGUGAUUUGGUGAGAGGGGUAUGGAACAGUGAAGGGGUAUGGAACAGUGAAGGGGUAUGGAACAGUGCAGGGGUAUGGAACAGUGCAGGGGUAUGGAAAAAUGAUAGGAGAGGAGUGUAGCUUGUAUUUAUAGUUAGCUAGGAAGUGAGAUCAGUGAAUUAGCACAAGAAGUUAUUGAUGAAUGCUGGGUAUUAAUAUAUGCUUGUCAGUACUGUGAUU